ACACAUCACUACCACCGCCGCUGCCACCACCACCACACACAUACACACACACACACACACACACACACAUACACACACACACUCAGUGUGACGGCUGCCAGGCGCUGUGGGAAGCAAGCCGUCAGGGAGAAAGCUUGAGAAGAAAGAGAGGGAUUGCAGAGGGGAAGAGAAGAAAAGAGAAGAGAGUUGAAGGAGGCACCUUGUGGAUCAGAAGGGAUUUUCCUCUGUGUGAGUGCGCGUCUGGAUAAGGCUAUCUGCUCCUUCCUGAGCGUGAGGAGUUUUUACCGAGGCUUUUUCUUUUUUUGCUCAUCCUCCACGCCGGGCUCCAGCGAUAUCUACCUAUCUAUCCCCAGAGCUUAACAAAAGAGGGAGGGAGUGAGAGAGAGUGAGAAAAAAAGCAGUCACAGCUUCAGCUCCAGACCACCCUCUCUCCUCCUCCUCCUCCUCCUCCUCUCUUCCUCUCCUUCUCCUCCUCUCUCCAGCUCCACAUCCAUUUGUGAGUUCAUCGCUGAUUUAACUGUCUUGUGAGGAUAGAGCAGAGGACGGCGUGUGUUCUCCAGGAUACAGCCGAGCCCCCGGAGGGAUUAAGGUCUCGUCUCGUGUGAGAAAGAAGGAGGAAGAACGAGACAGGGAAACGGAUACACCGGAAAAGAGACGGAGAAAGACAAGAGUGAGAGACGCCGGAAAGCAAAUUGAGGGGCAUGUUCAGGGCAGCAGAGAAGAAAAAGAGUGAGUCUGAUUUUUAGAGCGGAGAGUGCAAGAAACCGGCAACCAGAUCCCAUCCAUUCCUUUCUCCUCAUCCUCGUCUUCUUCCCUCUCCUUUUAACCUCUCUCUGUCCUGCUCUUCAGUCCCCCCCUAUUGUUUCCUCUAUUGCCUCCUACUAUCCUUUCAUAUCUUCUUUUCCUCCCAGUCCACCUCCUUCUCCCCCAGCUCUGUUUUUCCUGCCACUCCGGAUUCUCUCUGUCUCUCUUUCCAGACCCUCGGGGAGAAUGUUUUUGUGAGGUUCCCUGUGAGCUCCCAGACAAGUAGACAGACUAUAAUCCCAAGUACUAUCUACCCUUCUAUCCAUCCCUUCCUCUGUGCGUUUAUCACACACGUCAGUUAGAAGAGAACGUUCUCUCUCCUCCGCUCUUGAGAACAGUCGUCUGACGGAUCCAGACCAGCCCCUUGAAGUGAACAUAACCCACCUGCGAGCUUCUAUCUCCAGCCUCCAGAACCUUCAAUUGGAUUCCAGCUACAUGGGAAAACGUUUGGAGCAGCAGCCAAUGUACCCCCACUACACCUACUAUUACCCCCACUAUCUCCAGACCAAGCAGCCCUAUGCCCCUCCCCCUCCACCCAUGGCUCCACCUAGCCCUGGCACCACAGGAGGAGGAGGAGGUGGAGGUGGAGGUGGAGGCCAUGGAGGUGGGCUAGUGGAGCAGCUUAGUAAGACCAACCUGUACAUCAGAGGUCUGCCGCCGGCCACCACUGACCAGGACCUCAUCAAACUCUGCCAGCCCUAUGGGAAGAUUGUGUCGACAAAGGCCAUCUUGGACAAGAACACCAAUCAAUGCAAAGGCUAUGGCUUUGUGGACUUCGACAGCCCUGCAGCAGCCCAGAAGGCUGUGGCCUCGCUCAAAGCCAGCGGAGUCCAGGCACAGAUGGCAAAGCAACAAGAGCAGGACCCCACCAACCUUUACAUCUCGAACCUGCCACUGUCCAUGGACGAGCAGGAGCUGGAGAACAUGCUGAAGCCCUUUGGCCAUGUCAUUUCAACUCGGAUACUGAGGGAUGCCAAUGGCCUGAGCAGAGGAGUCGGCUUUGCUAGGAUGGAGUCGACAGAGAAGUGUGAUGUGGUGAUACAAAAUUUCAAUGGGAAAUUCUUGAAAACUCCUCCAGGCAUGACAGCCCCUGCAGAGCCGUUGCUGUGCAAGUUUGCUGAUGGAGGCCAGAAAAAGAGACAGACCCAGGUCAAAUAUCCCCAGAAUGGACGACCGUGGACACGGGAAGGAGAGAGUGGUAUGGCAUUGACAUAUGAUCCCACUGCGAUGCAGAAUGGGUUCUACUCCUCACCGUAUAGCAUCUCCACAAAUCGGAUGAUUGCACAAACGUCUAUCACACCCUUCAUCGCUGCCUCUCCUGUCUCUUCAUAUCAGGUCCAGAGUACAUCUUGGAUGCCACAUCAGCAGUAUGUUAUGCAACCAACGGGUGCUGUGAUCACCCCAGCUGCGACCAUAGAGCCCAGUUUGUCUCUUCACCCCUCCAGUGUAAUGGCUCCUCUCACCCAGCAGAUGAACCACCUGUCUCUUGGCACUACGGGCACUUACAUGCCUGCUGCAGCUGCUGCUCCUAUGCAAGGAACCUACAUUCCCCAGUACACUGCAGUGCCUGCCUCUGCCAUCACAGUGGAAGGCGUGGUGACAGACCCAUCUCCACAGACAGCUGCCCCCUCCUCACAGGACACCACUGGGCAGCAGCCUUUAUCUGUGGAGAAUACAGGAGAUCAUGCCACAGCCUACUCUUACCAGCAGUCCAAAUAACAAGAUUGGGAAGAAUCAUUGCUGCAUUGCCUUUCGAAGGACUGCACUGAGGCGCUGGAGACAGAGAGAGAAUCAAAAUGAAACUGGGACAAAAAGAGGUGACAUGGGCAACACUGAGGAGAGAAUGCUUCCACUGUGCACAGGCACCAAAUAAAUGACAAAAUGAAGAAAAAAAAUCAAUUAUAUUUCUUACCUGGAUCAACCAAGGAAAAGACAGAGGAGAAACGAAUUGCUGAACUUCAGGACAGUGAAAUCAAACGCAGUCUGCAACUUUGAGUUUAUCAUUUCUCACUGUGAGACUGGACUUUGCCUCCAAAGGAAAAAGAGAAGACAUAGACUGAAAUCUAAACUCAACCAACAAGCUGUACAGAAAAAAAGAACAUUUGAAUGUGCAGGUAGAUUUUCAGACUUUUUUAUUAAAAAAAAAUAAAUAAGGAAGCAAAGUCUAGAGAAAAAAAACAGAUUGUCUUCCUUUGAUAUUAAGCUACAUUAUUUUCAUUCUUUUUAUUAUUUGAGUAGUUUUCUAGAAUAUCAAUGUUUUCGUAAAUCUUUAUUGCCUUAAUUUUCUCAAACUUUGGGAAAAAAGUUUCCAUAGUGUUGAAUUAUCAAAAAUAGAAAAAAAAGACUGAGUGGUUGAAUGAUUUGAAAGGUUCUUGGAGAGCCUUGGAGAUGAAAUCAAAACUACAAAACUAUCUGUACAGGAUAAAAAAAAAAACUUAAGGUUGUAUUUGUAUGACAAUGAUU